ACUUGAAGCAUCCGGGAACCUCGCCAUAGUAGUAGACAUGGCGGGUAUCAGCCUGACUAAAUGACGAAAUAAAUUUGUUUGCUAAUAUAAGAACGUGUUAAUUUCGUAGAACAAGUGUUGAUACUAAAAGACUAAUUAAGUUAUAUUGGAUUAGGAUAAAAAUGCAGAAUGUCGGACAGUCUGAAAACCGAAAUAUCGAUAAGGUGAAUGUGCAACUUGAUGUGGUAAAAUCGUCCACUCCUCAGAGUUCGGCUUCGAGUCCGGCCAAAUCUGAAACCGAAACGUAUUCAGGAGCACCUGCCAAAUACAUGACAGACUCUUCGGAAAGCGAGGAUGACUCUGUGUCUGAGAUCUUGCUGGCUUGUUUGUGCCUUAGCAGGCCAGACCUGUUGGCGGAGAUGGAAGAAGAAGGAGGUGGUGCAGAGUCAUCUAAGUUCCUACUUACCCAUGAUGACCCCGAGCGGGCCGUUGACCCAGAGAUGCAAGCUCGACUAGAGACUCUCCUUGAAGUAGCUGGUAUCGGAAAACUGUCAGGCGAAGGUAAACACCUGGCAGACCCUGAGGUGCUUCGGCGGCUUACUUCUUCUGUUUCGUGUGCGUUAGACGAGGCGGCCGCCGCCCUUACAAGGAUGCGCAGCGAUCAACCCCCCGCGCACCAUCGUCACCAUCACCAAGACAAGCCCACGCAGUGCGGUUCGACUGCUACGGGUACAACGCCCACCGUGGCGGCCUCGGUCGGUGCAGACGGAGCGCCGUCGUUGGCGGAGGCGUGCUCCGAUGGCGACGUGGGCACGGUCCGCAAGCUCCUCACGGAGGGCCGCUCCGUGCACGAAACCACAGAAGAGGGCGAGUCUCUACUCUCACUCGCGUGCUCCGCGGGAUACUACGAACUCGCACAGGUGCUGCUAGCGAUGCACGCGAGCGUAGAGGAUCGCGGUAUUAAGGGCGACUGCACUCCUCUAAUGGAGGCGGCGAGCGCCGGCCACGUGGACAUCGUGCGGCUGCUGAUCGCGCACGGCGCGGACGUGAACGCGGUGUCGGGCUCGGGGAACACGCCGCUCAUGUACGCGUGCGCGGGCGGACACGAGGAGUGCGUGCGCGCGCUGCUCGAGAACGGCGCCAACGUCGAGGACCACAACGAGAACGGGCACACGCCGCUCAUGGAGGCGGCGUCGGCGGGCCAUGUGGGUGUGGCUAAAAUCCUCCUCGAGCACGGCGCGGGCAUCAACACGCAUUCGAACGAGUUCAAGGAGUCCGCCCUCACGCUGGCCUGCUACAAGGGCCACCUCGACAUGGUCCGCUUCCUGCUGGCGGCGGGAGCGGACCGCGAACACAAGACGGACGAGAUGCACACGGCGCUGAUGGAGGCCAGCAUGGACGGACACGUCGAAGUCGCGAGGCUGCUGUUGGACUCUGGCGCGCAGGUGAACAUGCCGACGGACAGCUUCGAGUCUCCGCUGACGCUGGCGGCGUGCGGCGGGCACGUGGAGCUCGCCAUGUUGCUGCUGGAGCGCGGCGCCAACAUCGAGGAGGUCAACGACGAGGGGUACACGCCGCUCAUGGAGGCCGCCCGAGAAGGUCACGAAGAAAUGGUAGCGCUAUUAUUGGGUCAAGGAGCUUCAAUAAACGCGCAGACGGAUGAAACGCAAGAAACGGCCCUUACACUUGCCUGCUGCGGUGGAUUCCUUGAAGUGGCAGAUUUUCUUAUUAAGGCAGGUGCAGACGCUGAGCUCGGAGCUUCCACUCCCCUAAUGGAAGCGUCUCAAGAAGGACAUCUAGAGCUUGUACGGUACUUGCUUCAGGCCGGUGCGGAUGUGCACGCACAGACGCAAACGGGUGACACAGCUCUCACGUACGCAUGCGAGAACGGCCACACGGACGUGGCCGACGUCCUGCUGCGCGCCGGUGCCGUACUCGAGCACGAGAGCGAGGGUGGCCGCACGCCGCUCAUGAAGGCGUGCCGCGCCGGACACCUUUGCACUGUGCAGUUCCUUGUGGGCAAGGGUGCCGAUGUGAACCGCAUGACAGCAAACGGUGACCACACGCCGCUUUCUCUGGCAUGCGCAGGCGGGCAUGCCGACGUAGUCAAGUUCCUCCUGGCAUGCGACGCAGAUCCCUUCCGCAAGCUUAAGGAUAACUCGAGCACACUCAUCGAGGCCGCCAAAGGAGGACACACCGCCGUCGUGCAGCUGCUGCUCGACUAUCCGCACUCUGUCAUGUUGCCUAGAGUCAACGCGCGGUCGCAAUCAGGUAACACGGGCACGGAGGAGAGCGGAGGUCUCAGCUCGGCGCAAGCGGCAGCGCUCGGACUGAGUCACGCCCCGGCGCCCGGAGCUCCGUCUCAGCGCGCUCUGUUGCCAGCACACAUGGCGGGCGCGCACGCGCCGUUACCUCACCCCCACGUGCACGCGCACCCGCACGCGCACGCACCUCACGCGCCCCACCCUCACGUGCACGUGCUUGCGCACGGGCAGGCUCCUCACGCCCCGCAACAGGCACACCCGGCCGCGGCGCCGCAGCAGGAGAUGUCUCCUAACUUUGCUAAAGUUUACUUGGACGGGCGCAAAAAGCAAAGCGGCGGUAACAACGGCAACGCGCAAGUCGCCAAUCCCCCUGCGGCGCCGACGGGCGGCGCAGGUGCGGCCAAGCACAAGUGCGGGCGCAAACAGCGCCCCGCCGCACCGCACUCCGACCACCACUUGCCGCCGCCGCCCGACAUACUGGACGACCAUAUGUGCCACCACAACAUGGUGCAUAAGCAUAAGCUAUCCCUCCCGCCCGGCUUUACGUGGAAGGAUGUUAACAAGAAAUUUAAAAAUAAAAACAAAGUUGAAAAAAAAUCCAAUAGACCUGAUGCCUCUGCCGGGCAACCACGAAAUGAGUCACUGCCAGAAACAGAGAGGAACAUCCUAGAGUUAGCCGAAGCCUCCGGAGCGUCGCCUGCACCCGCCACGCCGCCGUACCCGCCGCCGCAACCGCCGCUACCUACGCAGCAGCUCAGCGCGGAUAUCGAUCAGCAACAGUUUCAAGAGCUACAACAGCAACAAUGGCAGCAACUGGUGGCGCAGCAGCAGCUACAACAGAAGAAACAACAGCAACAGCAACAGCGUCAACAGCAACAACAGCAGCACCAACAACAACAACAUCAGCAGCAGCAACAACAACAACAUCAGCAGCAGCAACAACAGCAACAGCAGCAACAACAACAACAGCAGCACCAACAACAACAACAGCAAUAUGUGCAGGAAAUGCAACAGAGGCCAGAAGCAUAUGUACCACAGGCGGAAGAGGGUGGUUCAGUCGAAGCGCGCGAGCUCGGCGCGGUUCUAGCCUACCUUCAGCGUGAGGUACCGUCGCUAGUCGCACUGCCACCUAACGAACUACGUUCACUCGUGCUGCAGGUGAUGCAACAGAAAUCUCACGAGAUCCUGUCGGGCAAAUGCGGGGAGGAGAGCGUGGGGGAAGGUGCGGUGGCUGAGGGCGAGGGCGAUGCGGACGGCGACGUGGAGGGCGAGUGUGACGAGGGCGACGAGCGACGAGCACGUCUCCUGCUAGCCGCCGCUGAGGAGGCGUUCGCCGCUGACUGGCCCAGGGAUCACGAUCUUCCGGGUGGUGCGGGUUGCCAGUACCGCGCUCGUCCGCCUUCCCCCUCGGGCAUUAUGGACGUCUCCGACCUUUCAUCAGCACAGGCUCCUGUCCCCGCGCCCGCGCCCCUUGAUCCGCAACCUCACUUCGCACUACCGCCUCCAACACUGCCCUACGACGAUUAUAGAUCGUCAACCUUUGGUCCGGCGGCGGGUGGGGUGGCCGGUGUGGGUGGGUUAGUCCCAGUGGGCGCUGCGGGAGCGGUAGGCGCAGUGGGUGCGGUAGGUUCUGGCGCUCCGCUGGCCGCGCCUGCCGCAGUCAAUCCACCACAAGCACAGCCCCACUCCAAAAGAGAUCAACAUCACCAUGCUAAUAAUACUGCUCUUAAGAAGAAGGGUCGGUUCACCGGUGGGCCACGAGCUCGUGUGGACGCGUUCGGUGCGCACGCGCACGGCGCGCACGCGGCUCACGCCACGCCCCCACAGCCCGCGCCCGCUGCCUACUCUGCGAUGGACGUGGACGGCGAAACUGACUCCAACCAUGACACGGCGCUCACGCUCGCCUGUACCGGUGGCCACGAGGACCUCGUCGAACUGCUUCUGUCACGCGGCGCAGACAUCGAGCACCGCGACAAGAAGGGUUUUACUCCCCUUAUCCUGGCGGCGACUGCAGGGCACGAAAAGAUAGUCGAGAUCCUCCUCAACCACGGCGCGGACAUCGAGGCGCAGUCGGAGCGCACGAAAGACACGCCGCUGUCUCUGGCGUGUAGCGGCGGCCGCUACGAGGUGGUGGAGCUCAUCCUCAGCCGCGGCGCUAAUAAGGAGCACCGCAAUGUGUCCGACUACACGCCGCUGUCUCUGGCCGCGUCGGGUGGAUACGUUAACAUCAUCAGGCUUUUACUGCACCACCAGGCGGAGAUAAACUCACGCACGGGGUCGAAAUUAGGCAUCUCUCCUUUAAUGCUGGCCGCUAUGAACGGUCACACGGCUGCUGUUCGGCUGCUGCUGGACUGCGGCUCUGACAUAAACGCGCAGAUCGAAACCAAUCGCAACACCGCACUCACGCUCGCCUGCUUCCAAGGCCGUCACGAGGUAGUGAGCCUGCUACUGGACCGCAAGGCGAAUGUGGAGCACCGCGCGAAGACCGGCCUCACGCCGCUGAUGGAGGCGGCCAGCGGCGGAUACGUGGAGGUGGGCCGCGUGCUGCUGGACAAGGGCGCCGACGUCAACGCGCCGCCCGUGCCGUCCUCGCGUGACACCGCGCUCACAAUUGCCGCCGACAAGGGACACACCAAGUUCGUCGAGCUGCUGCUGCAGAGACGAGCGGCGGUGGAAGUUAAGAAUAAGAAAGGCAACUCCCCACUCUGGCUGGCAGCGAACGGAGGACACCUCGCCGUUGUAGAAAUGCUAUAUGCCGCUGGGGCCGAUAUUGACUCACAGGACAAUAGAAAGGUAUCUUGCUUAAUGGCCGCUUUCCGCAAGGGUCAUACUAAAGUAGUCAAAUGGAUGGUCGGCGUAGUGACGCAGUUCCCCUCUGAUCAGGAAAUGACGAGGUACAUUUGCACAAUAUCGGACAAGGAGCUACUGGAGAAGUGCCAAGAGUGCGUGCGCGUGAUCCGCGCGGCCAAGGAGACGCAGGCAGCGCGCGCCAACCAGAACGCGACCAUCCUGCUGGAGGAGCUCGACGCCGAGCGCUGUCGCGAGGAGAGCCGGCGCCAGGCCGCCGCGCGCCGCCGCGAGCGCAAGAAGAAGAAGAAGCUCGAGAAGAAGGAGGAGAGACGUAAACUCCAAGCGGAAAAUGAGAAAAAUUCACUUUACUGCGAGAAAGCACUCGGCGAUUGCUCGGAGGGAGGCGAGGGUGACGACGAGCCCGCUGCUCGGGAAGAGGGAGACUCCGGUAUCGACGCCAACUCGCAGGGUUCCUGUUCAUCAUCGGACGUAAAAGUACCACCCGCGCAAAACGCAAAGUGCAAGAAAAAGAAAAAAGAGGAAAAGACACCGUCCGCGCCGCAGCAGCCGCCGCCUAAGAAGCAACCGGACAAACAGGUCAAACCAAAAGUAGAGGCCAAACCAGAAAAAGAGACACCAAGCAAAUCAGAUAAGAAACAAGAGAAAGAAAACGUCGCUCCGAGUUCUCCUCCUGCAACACCCGCCAAGCCCGCCGCUCCCGAGCGACGACCUGAGAAGAAGGACAAAAAACCAGAGGACGAUGCAAAGAGCAUCACAGUACAGAAUGUUAAAUACGGGAAUUGUUCUCGUAAGAGUCAAGUGUUUGAGUCCAGUAGGCACAAUGUGGACAAAGAUGAUGAUGCUACCGAUAAAAAUAAAAAGAUUCACACUAGCCAUCAGUGGGAGGGCGAUAAUAAGAGCACCUCCCCCAAAGGAAGCGGCGCGCGACGCGAGGACGGGUGGAAGGAAGUCGUGCGCAAGUCCAGCGUGCAGACACUUUCCACACUCGAGCCGGGAUGCAAGAAGGUAUCUGUAGCUGCGCACGCGAUAUCGCGCGUUAUCGGACGCGCCGGUUCCAAUAUCAACGCCAUCCGCUCAGCUACUGGCGCGCACAUCGAGGUCGACAAGCAGGUCAAAGGACAGGGCGAGCGCAUCAUCACUAUCAAAGGAUCAUCGGAAGCGACGAAGCAGGCGGCGCACCUGAUCGCUGCGAUGAUCCGCGACCCCGAGGCGGAUAUCGCACAGCUUUUGCCGCGAGCGAAACUGCCGCCCGCACUCCCCACACCCGCGCACCCGCACCCGCACGCGCACGCGCACGCUGCCAAGCCCACCGCGCACAAGCAGCCUGCCGCCAAGGCGAGCAGCGUCGUCGUAAGCUCGGGCGUCACGUCGGUGGGCGCCAACAACAGCCGCGCCACGCCGCCCGUCCGCGCCGCCGCCAAGCCGCACCCGCAGACACGCCCUCCCAUGCCGCGUCUGCAUGCGCAACCGAUAACCCUACCAGAGAAGCGUGUGUCGAGUGCGCCAAGCACUGUCACAAGCAUUGCGGCGAGCUCCACCAGUAGCGCUGUGAAGACGGGUGCGCUGUCUUAUACCGGCGCCAUCGUCGGUGCCAGGAGUCACACAUUCGCCGCCAAGCUUACUGCCACUCCGCCCGUCGACACCAAGCCGCGACCUGUGCCACAGGUUGUGGGCAGCCCAGCGCCCAGCAAUGUAGUCGUCGGCGCAGUCAGCGCAGGAGGCGCUUCUCCGCUCAAAGCGCGAGAUUCUCCGCCCGCUAAGAUCGAAGAUGAGCCACGUCCUGUCCGACUUCAUACUGAUGCAUUGCAGCUAAGCCCAGACAAUUCAAGCACAUGGAGUAAUGAAGAUAUCCCAGUGAAUUCCUCUUCAGCUCUUCAUAUCAAUACUACACCACAGGCGACCGUGAACGUGCCGUGCUCGAGCUCGUCGGGCCCGUGCGCGGGCAGCGGCAGCGGCGGCGCGCAGGAGUACUCGCUGUUCAAGGACCUGUCGGUGGGCGCGGCCGCGGUGUGGGGCGCGGCUGAGCACAACGUCGAUCCGAUGCCACCGCAGGCUGACGCUAGUAAGGCGCCAGGCUACCGCGGCGGAGGUGGAGGCUGCUCACCCUGCUCGCGUACAUCCUCGCACGGAUCGACGCCGCCGCCACCACCGCCGCCUCCAUACCACCACCCUAUGCCCAUCGGCAAUGCUGUAAAUGCAAUGGAUAUGAGUGGACUUAGCAGAAACGGGCCUAUUUAUCAAGACAAUUCUCGUAAUGGACACAAUAUGAUGGCAAGUCAGGUGGGCAUGUCGAGUGGCGUGUCCACGAUGGGCAUGGGCUACGUGGGCGUGGAGAGCGUGUCGCGUUUGAACCCGCGAGCGCCAGACUUUGCUCAGCGACACCCACUGCUGCAGCAGCAACAGCAGCAGCAGCAGCAACAGCAACAACAGCAACAACAACAACAGCAUAAGCAUGCGGCACAGCAACUGUUCCCCGGUGGUAGUGGUGGAAACCUUAGCUCGAUGCUGGCCAUGUACCCACAAAGCGCGCCUAAGAUGUCGCACGCGCCUCAUGCCACUCACCACCCCUACCAGGUCAGUCAGAAUUUUUCGCUGAUGGACCGUGGCGUGGGUGUGGGUGUGGGUGUGGGCGGUGUGGGCGCGUGGGGUGAGGAGGAGGAGCGCAAGCCGCGGCCUAUCGGCACCGAGCGCGCCUGGAAGCUAACAGCCCCUGACGACUGGCACCACGCGCACCAUCACCACCGUACCGAUCAUGACAGAUACCAACAAAACAUGGGCAUGGCCGGCGUUGGAGUGGGUGUGGGUGUAGGAGUGGGUGCAGAAGCAUACGGCGGGGCAGGAGCGGUCGGAGGAGGCGCGGGGGGCGCCGCCACUGCCGCCGCACUCUCUAUGAUACAUACGUUGCCGCUGCAGUACCUACCGCCACCCGACCACCACCACUGGGACCAGCCGCCGCACCACGCCGCCGAUAAACAGCAGACCUGGAGCAAGUGGAGCCACUAGAGCGCCGACAGCCGCGCCUCCGCCUGCGGACCUAUCCCACGAGGAUUAUAUAUAAUUGUAACCCUUGGAAACGGUGUAGAUAUUAGUGAGAAAGAAUUAUAUUAUACAGAUUAUCUAUAUACAUAAUAGAGAAAAUGUCCUAUCGAGAAGAGAACUACUUAUACUGUACGAUCGACUGAAGUGAGCAUUAAACGAUUCAUUAUAAUGAGACACGUGAGGGAAGCCGGAUGUAGUUUUAUUUGUUACUGCCGCUCGCGCCGACUGUAGCUGUAGAGCGUAGUCGCGGCACUCGCCUGUAGGCCGCUUGGAAUGUGAUUCCGAUCGCUACGCGCGCCCUCUGUUAUAAAUAUUUUACACUAUAUUAUAUGGCAUACGAUAUUGAGUUCGUUGAAUGGUACGCUCGCAAACCCUGACGGAUUAUUAAACUUGUAAUAAUAAAUUUGCUUGUACAUGAAGAUUAAAUAUCAUAUAUUGAUGCACUGUAACCACUGGUGUUUUUAAUAAUACCACCUGUUUUUCAAUGAUUCUUUUUUUAUUAGGUUUAUUUGGGUAAUGUGUAUUAUAUUAUAAGUAAAUUAUUACCGAGAACUUACAAUGUCUCGAAUAUGAUUAAAGCAGGAUAAGCGGUAAGUUCUAGGCAAAUAAACCGUUAUUGAAACAUUA